CCUGUCACCCUCUACGGCACCGAGCUUUAGAGACACUCAGAGAAAUCCCAUGGUAACCUCCCACAGCUCGCCAAGAUGGCAAUGCAAGCGGCCAAGAGGGCGAAUAUUCGCCUCCCACCUGAAGUAAAUCGAAUUUUAUAUAUAAGGAAUUUGCCAUAUAAAAUCACAGCGGAAGAAAUGUAUGAUAUAUUUGGGAAAUAUGGACCUAUUCGUCAAAUCAGAGUAGGAAAUACACCUGAGACCAGAGGAACAGCAUAUGUGGUCUAUGAGGAUAUCUUUGAUGCUAAGUAUGCAUGUGACCAUCUAUCGGGAUUCAACGUGUGUAACAGAUACCUCGUGGUUUUGUACUACAAUGCUAACCGGGCAUUCCAGAAGAUGGACACCAAGAAGAAGGAGGAGCAGCUGAAGCUUCUCAAGGAAAAGUAUGGCAUCAACACAGAUCCCCCAAAAUGAACUCGGGAAUUUCACUCUGAAUAUGCCCAUG